AUGCUCAACGCGAGAACUGGCCACCCAGAAGUUGUUUCGUCAUCUACUACAAGCUUGGGCAGAAGACGCAGUCCGCCAUUGCACAGCGCUGCUCUGAAUGGUGAUGUCACACUGGUGAGGCAAAUGCUCGAGCACGGAGAAGAUGCUGAUACACGGGACGAGUGGACCUUAACGCCAAUCAUGUCAAUGUUCGUGCGGCAUGCUUUGCAAGAAACUCGGUGCAUUUUUCAAGAACGAAACCCAGUUCGGAGGAACCUCGUCACAGAUUGCCGAGAAGAAGACUCAGAGAGAACAGCAACGACGAAUGCAGUGUUAGGCCUGUUUCUCCAACACGGGGCUCUAUUGGAUGCUCGCACCAAGGGAAGGAAAUCAGCUUUGCACUACGCAAUAUGCGAUGGGCUUUACGAAGCAGCUAAAAUCUUGCUGGAUGCUGGAGCUACCAUCGAUGCGCAAGAUAAGGAUGGUCGAUCACCGCUAUACUGCGUAGUACAAGAGCGAAGCUUGUUGGUGACAAAUUUAUUGGUCAGCUACGGUGCAUCGAUCGACCUUCAAGACAGACUUGGAGUGUCUCCGUUGUCGCUCGUUAUUGAAAAGGAAUAUGUGAACGUGAUGCAGAUUUUCCUGAACCACCACGCACUCGUAGCGACCCGCGAACGACUGGAUUUCGCUGGAGAAGUCCUGCUUCAAGCCGUAGAAGCGAACUCUAUCAACAUUGUCCGAUUCUUAGUGGAGAAUGAGUACGUGGCUAUGGACUACCAAAAUGCGGCAGGUGAGACGGCAAUGCAUCGCGCUAUCGCACAGGGUAACACUGAGAUGAUGACAGAGCUGGAUGAGUUGGAUCCGACUGGCCAAAGUUUCCAGACAGUCACAGUUCGAGGAGAAUCCUGUUUCCAUUUUGCGGCUCGGCUGGCGUCGGUAAAAGAGCUAGAACUUCUAUUGCACAUUCGAAAUCAAUUAUCUCGAGAUGGAUACAGCGACCUCCUCAAUAGUACUGAUUGUUUGGGAGCCACACCGUUGUUUGCUGCUGCUACGACGACAGAGUCCCGCUGUGUUCGUGACAAGAUCAACCAGUCCAUCGAUAGGAAAGUCAAGAUGCAGCUACUGCUGUCCCACGGCGCCAUGCUGCUCCGCAACGAAGCCUUUCCAGGAGGUUCACCAUUCAUGCUGCUCCGCAACGAAGCCUUUCCAGGAGGUUCACCAUUCCGUCGAUUAUCACGAGAUUCAGGGAUUAUUUUGUGUGCUCAAGUUCGUCGGUGCCUUGUCCAGUGGUUUGCAGAAUGUGAAUCUGAAAUUGAGGGAUACAAGUUGCGGGGGUUCUGCACAAAUUGGAUCACUCACGUUCCAGUAAAACCCAAGACUGCGACAACGAUGACUGUGCUGCAUCUGAGUGUCUGUGCAGGAUACGCUAUUGAUGUUUUACCACUCGUUUUGAUGCUGCCACAAAAUCAAGCGGCUAUUACUAGUUUUCUGCAGAGUCUCGAAUGCUUCAUAACCUGCUCGAAUGGAUUGCAGUUUGAUUGUCUGGCACAUGAGUUGAGUGCAUCAUGGGCUUAG